CUCCCCUCCCCAGACCCCACUUGUGAGAUUUCACUGAGUUUAUUGUUGUUGUUGCUGUACUGAUAAUUUGUUCACUUUCCAUUGUUAGGUGGUAUGUAGGUCUAGUAUGUACCAAAUUUAGUUAACAAAGUUUGAAUGUUUUUUCUUUUAGCUUGAUUGUAUCAACUUUUAAUGUUUGAAUUCUUCAAAAAGGGAGUUGAUUUCUUAUAUGAUCACUCAACUAAUAGUUAUUAUCUUAGAAAGUUACGUUCUUUGGUGAAAAAAAUUGGAAUCAAGAAGAAGGGUGAUUUUCUGAGAUAAUAACUACUAUUAGUUGAGUGACUAUCGGAGAAAUCAAGCCUUCAAAUGGGCAUCAAGAUACUCCUAAAUCUUUUCUGUCAUUAGGAACAUGAUUUGUUGGAAUAUAAUGUACAUGCAAAAUGUGAUUUUUCUCUCUUCUGUAAGUUCUUUUUCUUCUUCGUUUGCUGAUAGGUAUGGCAAUUUGGGAGGGGGAUGGGUAUGGUUUUGGUGCUGUACAAUAAUGGCAAUUGGCAAUACUGAAAUGUACAGAUAAAGAACAUGGCAUUAUGGUUUUCCAGCAUCAUACUGCAUUGUCGAAAUAAAUUUCUAGCAACUGUUUUUCCCUGGAAAUAUCUCCAAUUGAAUCCUACUAAUGAAUUUCCAUGGCUCUGCUGGUUAAACUUUUGUUAGUUGGAAUAUUUUUGCAGAAAAUUAGAAAAUUUUGAGAAGCUAUUGAGCCCUCGAGUAAUAGGGCACCUCGACUAAUUGCACCGGAUACCUGCUACCUCCGACCAGCAAUAGGUAACAGGAUUAACUAAAUAUCCGCUAAGAUGAUCCCAGAAAAUCAGGAAAAAAGGAAGGUUCAGACAUUGGAAGCCAUCAAGGGUAGUGGGGGCUCUAUUAAAGUUGGAACAACUGGUACUAUCAGUGCUUUAAUGUCAAGAGAAUUAGAUUCUAAGAAACUUUCUCCUCAGGCACCGGUUUCAUGUAGAAGUCGGUCUCCUACUGUUUGUUCUUUCAUUGCUGGCAGAGCGACCAGUCCCGAAAGAGUGAAGCCAGGAACAUCGAGUGACGAAGCAAGCAGCAGCGGGAUGUCUGAGGGCAAAAAGAAAAGCCUUGAAAUUGCCAGGAAAACAAAACACUCCGGUCGAAAAACUCAUCAAAUCCCAAUACUAGAAUCAGAAAAUAUUUCCUUAGAUAGAACGCCUGUUAGGCAGAAACCUGAAAGAAAGGGACAUCAAAUGGUGGAAAUUGUGGACAUAAAUUGUGGGGAUGUUGACAGAACUUGGGCAGGCCCUAUAAAGAAUCGCCUGAAGAAGCUUGGUUUCUCAAAGCUAUCUGAGAGCCCUGUCUAAGUGCCUAAUCCUUGAAUAUCAGGCAUUUUUAUUCCUGUAAGCGACCUGUAAAUUGCAAUUGGUUCAUUACAUGCUGGAUAUCAGCUUAUAGCUCCCUCUUAUCCACGCUUUGGUCUGGUAACUGCUAAUAGAAGCCAUAUAUCUGCAAGUUGGGGAGGCUUGUUAGACCUGUCAUGACAGAUUAGUGUUAGCCUACUGAUAUAUUCAAUUUCCUACAAGAUGAGGUAUCCGACAGUGCCUGUGCUGCCUAUCUCAACGAAAGAGUUUUUUGCUGCCACCUUCUCAGAAACAUCAAGUCUAAGCCAUUAGAUUUAUACCUGGAUCUUUGCCUGGUAGGAGGGAAAGUGAUGCAUUGAGGUUGAAGAGAGGUGGUCCUGGGCUUUGAUCCUUGUCUUGAUCUGAGUACCGGUCAUUGUGGUUUGGCCUGGUUGCUAGUGCAUUCACUUGGCCUAUUUCCCAUAUAAUCUUUAUCUAGUAAAGUGGUUACUUGCUUUAUUCUGAGCCGAGGGUCUAUCGAAAACAACCUCUCUACCUCCCUAGGUAAGGGUAAGGUCUGCGUACAUUCUAGCCUCCCCAGACCCCACUUGUGGGAUUACACUGGGGAUGUUGUUGUUGUUGUUCGAGUAAAGUGGUUAUUGUGGUCUCAGAUGAAAGAUACUGAGGCGCUGUGGUUGCUCUAUUCAUGUGUUUGCAGUUCAAAAAAGUUUUAUGGUUGCUUAACUCAGUGCUUUCUUUUUAAAUUUUCUGCCCAGAAUUCAGUGGUGUUUUUUUAUCUUAAAGCAACUUUGGUCCCUGCCCUUUAAUCAGAAAAGGUGGGCCUAAUAUCCUUUAGCCUCUUGUUAUACAAGUAGAUCCAAGAAUCAAUACUACUAGCAAAUAAGCAUUGUAUAUUUUUCAGUUGCUGUAGGCUGUUUAGUUUUAUGAUUAGCUUCUUUGCAAGGCGGAUGAAAGGGAAUAUGUAGUCUUUUCUUUGGUUACUUUCCUUGAGUUUGAUUCAUGUAUGUCUUCUAUGAGAUUUCAACUCAAAUUGUUUUUUGCUAGUUUCUUGCUUUUAUUGGACUGAUCAAGUGAGAUAUGAACGAGUAUUUUCCACUUUUUCCA